AUGAAGCCCGUUACCAGGAACGCGGAUUCCCUGAAGAACCUGACGACGAGGCUGAAGGGGUUAAAGUUAUCUUUAAGUAACAUUAGCCAGUAUGUUAAGAACUUUAAGGAGGGUACCCCUGUCGCUCAAAUCAAUGUUCGUCUCGAAAAGUUAGAUAGUUUGUGGGUUCAGAUAAGUGAGGCUAUCUGGGAAAUACAAGCGCACGAGGACUUCACGGAGCCCGAAAGUUUGCAGAGGGAGCAGUUGGAGGUGGAGAACCGCUACUACGAUGCGAAAUCGUUUCUGACGGAGAAGGUAGGAGAGGUUCGAAACAAUUCCGUCCAGAACCAGUCUAUUCGCCCUGGAGAUGCCACUCUACAUGGUGGCAUGGAUCAUGUUCGCCUACCUCAAAUCCAGCUGCAGAGUUUCGACGGGAACAUCGACGACUGGCUCAGCUUCAGGGAUCUCUACACGUCUCUGAUCCAUGAGAAGCCAGACCUACCCGAUGUGGAAAAAUUCCACUACCUCAAGGGGUGCUUAGCAGGCGAAGCUAAGGCACUGAUAGAUCCGCUAAAGAUCACCAGGGACAACUACCAGGUUGCUUGGCAGUCGUUGCUAAAACGCUACAACAACAGCAAGCUCUUACGGAAGAAGCAAGUGCAGGCUCUCUUCAAACUGCCGUCCCUCACCACGGAGUCAAUCGCGGAUCUUCACAGGCUGGUCGACGGAUUCGAUCGUGUGAUUCUGACCCUGGAUCAGAUCAUCCAACCGGCCGAGUAUAAAGAUCUGUUGCUGGUCGAACAUCUAAGCGCUCGUCUCGACCCGAGCACACGGCGGGGAUGGGAGGAGCACUCGUCGACGAAGGAGCAGGACACCAUAAGGGACUUGCUGGAGUUCCUGCAGCGGAGAAUCCAAAUUCUCGAAGCUCUACCAGUGAAGGCGGAGUCAAAAGUUGUCGAGCAGUCGCUACCACCCAGGAGAAGGCCGUUUUCAGCGAAGGUCAGCAACAACGCCGUACAGUCCAACAACGCUAAGUGUCCCUCGUGUGCGCAGAUACAUGGACUUCAUACGUGUCCAUCCUUUUUGAAGUUGUCGUUGUCCAGUAGGGAAACAUUCUUGCGUGCGGAAUCCCUCUGCCGCAAUUGGGUUGUUUAG